AUGGCGGCGGGCGGGAAUGUGGGUAGCGACCUCACAUUCCACCCCGAGUGCGAGGUGGGUUCAACGGCGACGUCGCCCCUUGACAAUCUCCGGUGUUUAGAGCGGCUUCUGGAUGUCACAUAUUCGUCCGUGUGUUGCAAGCUCAACGCCGGGACGAUUCCUCUCGUCGUGCGCUUCCCUCGAAUUUUUCAAGACGAGGCAGAGUGUCCUUCGCGCGAGGCCAACAGCCCCGACGGGACCUCCGUGGGCUCCGAGUCGCCGGCAAGGCGUCUGAGCUCCGUCGCUUCAGAGGCCAGCGAGGGCCUCGCGGACAUCUUUGGAAGGGGGGUACCGCCGGGUUCCUUGACGCAGUCCGCAGACCUGGCAGAUCUGCCCCUGCCCCCCCACAGCAGCCGCUCGUACGCGGUGCACAACGUCGUCUCUCCUCCCGUUUGCUCCUGCCUGCGAGACGCCAGGCCAGAGGAGGGGAAAACCGCUUCGUCGCACUUCUCCGAUAGCGACAGUCGCCGGGGGGUCGCCUGCGACUGCGUCAGCGAUUGA